ACUGUCAAUAUUCGAGUUUCUUGUCAGCCUGCCCACAGCUAACAAAGCAACCAUGAGUCUUUCCGCAAAGGACAAAGCGAACGUCAAGGCCUUCUUUGACAAGGUUGCCCCCAAGGCUGAGGAGAUCGGCCGUGAGACUCUUUCCAGGACUUUGUUCGUUUACCCACAGACGAAGACAUACUUCUCCCACUGGGCAGACCUGAGCCCCAACUCUCCUCAGGUGAAGAAGCACGGAACCACUGUGGUAAACGGAGUCCUGACUGCCGUCGGGCUGAUGGAUGACCUGAAGGGAGGUUUGCUGACCCUCAGCGAGCUGCACGCCUUCAUGCUGCGCGUGGACCCCGCAAACUUCAAGAUCAUCAACCACAAUCUGCUGGUGUCUCUGGCCAUGAUGUUCCCUGACGACUUCACUCCUGAGGUGCAUGUUUCCGUGGACAAGUUCCUGGCUCAAGUCAGCCUGGCUCUGUCCGAGAAGUACCGCUAAAGCUGCAGCCUGCCUUCAUCUCUGAUGCGACACUGUAUUCGCCUUAAUGAGAAUGAAAAUAAUAAAAUUAAUUGAAAUGAAAUGAAA